UUUCUCUGAAUAUUGCAGUGGAAACACUUGUACCUCUCUGCCUUCUGUAACUUUCACUUCUGAUGCCAUUCUCUCCCAGACCACAAGACACUUCUUCAUUGAAUUCUUAACUACCAUAGCCUUUUAAGACCCUCCUUCAAAAAUGCAAGCUCAGUCACCAGUGGUCAUCGUGACUCAACCUGGGUACAGUGUGGUGCCCCAAAACUCCAACUGGCAGACCAGCAUGUGUGAUUGUUUCAGCGACUUCGGAGUCUGUCUCUGUGGCAUGUUUUGUUUCACGUGCCUUGCAAGUCAAAUUGCAGCUGACAUGAAUGAAUGCUGUCUGUGCGGAGGAUCUGUGGCAAUGAGAACCCUCUACCGGACCCGAUAUGGCAUCCCUGGGUCCAUUUGUGAUGACUAUGUGGUGACCUUUUGCUGUCCUCAGUGUUCUCUUUGCCAAAUCAAAAGAGACAUCAAUAGAAGGAAAGCCAUGGGUAUUUUCUAAAAAAGCUAAUGGUGAAGAGCUCACAUUGAAGCAAACAAAAUCAGCAGAUGCCUCUUCAGCUUGAGUCCUUCUACAUCUUUUGCAAUUGAAAUAUGAUAGACAGGUUCAACCACAAUUGAUGAAGG